UUGAUAAAGUUCCUGUUUAACAUAUUCCUUGAAUUCUAUAGCGACUAUCGUCGGAGGAAAUACACACGUUCAUUAAUACAGUUUUCAGAGCAGGAUUACAUUAUGCAUAUUGGGGUAGCAAGAUCGUCAUCUUGAAAACACCUGCGAUAUAUCAGGUAUUCGGAUUGGAGGGAAGUCAUUUGGUCGUUGAGCGUUCACGACUGGAACAGGUUAGGACAAGUCUCCUCUCCCCAGUCAACAGUGUCGGGUGGUGGGACUCAGUGGGGGGGAUGUGUACCAGUGGUGUUCCAGCCAGCUCCAGCCAGGGGGUCAGCCGGUCGGGCUCCUCGUAUGCCCUGUGUGCCCUUGGGGUGGCACUCAUAGCCCUGGGCAUCGUCAUGAUUGUGUGGUCAAUGGUUCCCGGGGAUGCUACCCCGACAACCAUGACUCCAGGCAACUCCAGUAUAACAGUGCCAGCAGACCAUGGUGAGGAAGACAAGGAAGCAGCGAAGACCUUAUCAAUAGCCUAUGUGCUGGUGGGGACAGGGGUGGCCAUGCUGCUGCUGUCUAUCUGCCUGGGGGUGAGGAACAAGCGGAGGAAGCACCAGAGAAGACAGGAGACACGGGCCGUAGGAGUCCGCUUCGUGGACCAUGUGUCUGGGGAGGCAGGAGAGAAUUUAGGUGAGCCAGUCCCAGUCUACAACGUGCCCAGCUAUGAGGAGGCGGUCACCAGUGGCCAGUUCCCCAUCCGCCAGAGCAACUUACGCCAGAGCAACUCCCAGCUGCCUUCCUACGAGGACCUCAUCUGUGCUGUGGAAAACCAGGGGGAGGGACCAAGUGCUGCCCCAGUUAAGGAGGCUCAUCCUAGCAGUCCCACUCCUGAGCCCCAGCCCGCCGCUGCAGCCAACCCCCACAGCAGUAGCCGGGCCAGCCGGAUACUACGGCCCAACAGGGUACGCAGAAUCAAGUCUGAGAAACUCCAUCUGAAGGACUUUCGUUUUAACAUUCGCAACCCUACUGAUGCGAAGGUGACCAUUGAACCAAUCACUCCGCCACCACAGUACGACAGCAAGAUACCUGAGUUCUGACAGCGCCCCAUAUAGCCUGGGAGUACUAAAAGCAUUGUUUCAAUGUUGAGUAAGACAACACUAUUGCUGGAUCAGAUGUCUAAUAAUAAUAAUAAUGAGGCCUAGCUGUGAGUGUUCCUCCUUCACCCUGAGGCAGACCCAGACAUUGUUGCUUUGAAUCAAGUUGUUUCUCAGCUCCAUUUUGACUCGUUUAUAGACUUAUUUAUUCAGGGGCUUGUUUUCCUCUCUGUUUAGAACACGGUGGCUGUGUUUUUAACUAUCGCCCUACAGAAGGCUUGACGGGGUGCUAUGCCACUGCUUAUAAGUUAACUAUCGAAGAUGUGCCAACUUAAAUUAUCCAGCUCAGGGAGCCAGCUAUGCAUUUUGUUUGCUAACUUGCUAAGUGGCUAGCUUGCAAGUUCAAGCUUCUUGGUUAUAGCAAACAGUCAGUCCCUUCCUGGAUCAAGAUCCCUGCGACCUAAAUUUGUUUUGUGCGUCAAAAUUAUAUGAUUUCAACUGACUUUUUUACGUUGGGAAAGAACCAGCACCCCUUGUGUGCACUGCCGGUAAUACUGUAUAUCACGGUAUGGUACAAGAAUGGUGUGAAGGUAGGAACCUGGAUACCGCACAACCCUGCCCUACAGGACACACUGCGCCAAAUACCUUAGUUUCAGACUCCCAAUGAUCCUUACACCUCUGAAGCCACUUCCAUACCCGUCAAAAUAACUUCUCUGAACUCUCAAUAGCUGUUUUUCCACCAAGUUUUAGAUAAGGGGAAUAAUGGGGUGUUAACACUAGAGAUCCUGACCGCCAGUGUGACCCCCCACUACCCCAUCCCUUUUCUCUGCAUAAGCGAGCUUGGCCCUUCUUCGGUCUGCUGAUGCAAUCAGGUCCUCAAACACAGGGGAGCGCCAGGGUGGAGAGGUUAUUAAAAAGGCACCGGGAUCCUCUGGGUCUGUCGCCACAUCAGACAUGAUGUCUUCAGUUGACCCCACAAAUCAAUGCUUCCUUUCAGCAGAGUUCUUUUGACCGACUGUCUUGAACACUUGAAUCUCAAAGCUAAAAAAAUAAAAAUAAAAGCACAAGUCUCAACUUUUAAAAACUCAGUGCUGUAUUUAAAAUGUAUGGAUUGGUUCACAUUUAUAAACUAACCCGUCUCUGGGGACGCAGUCUUCUCUUCUGUAUGUUCCGUUCCUUUGCUCCGUCUGGGGUCUCUGACGACUUAUGCAUCUCUUUCAGUCCAACACCGAUUUGCAGCUGCAUCUGAGGUGACAGUGUGGUCUGUUAGCAAUGGCUAUAUGCUUCAAAAUCCUUGAAAAAAGGAUCAAAUGUAGAAUAUUGUUGCAGUCAGUCCAUGUCUUCGUAGGACUACUCACAUUCAAAUUCUGCCAUGCACCACUCUCCAUCUGUGUACCUUCAUCUCAGCUGACUGACCAGCGGACGGUACACAGGUGUUGUGCUGGCGGUUGUUCCUGAGACAUUAGUUGACAAAGAAAAGUUCAUGCAUGAUAUUUGCACUAACACUUAAUGUAACAUAUUUGAGAAUGCUAAAAUAACCGUCAUACAAGAACUUACCCUGAUUGCUUGGUUGGACCCCCCCUCCCCCCCCAAAAAAAUAUUGUCAAAUUCCAAGUCACAAGUGAUUACAUUUGUCUUCACUUUUCUUGCGGCUUAUACUACAUUUGUUCUCCUCACCAGCAUUAAUGUGUAGAUCCCUUACUGUCCGCUAUUAAAACAGAAAAGAGCAUCAUUAGUAAAUUAACAUGAUUCAAAUAUUCAAUGUUAGCAACCACCAGUGUGCAAGUUGCAAAAGCAAACAUUGAACUUACGGAUAGCUCAUUCCAUUUUGCCUGACAAACGCCCGUCAUCCUUUCAGGUGCAGUCGCUGCAGAGGUGCUUAGCUGUAGCUGCUGCUGUUGUUGUUGUUGUUGUUGGAAUAGCUAGUUGAGCUACUUGUGUCAUCCGUCUAUCGUCCAUAUCAGCCACCAUGUUGUUGACCGGCAUCUGAUUCAGCCUGGUUAUGACAUGAGUUGUUGGAAAUCCAUGCCCUCAUUUGGUGAUGCAUCAUUCCCUUGCACAAAGAGACUUCCGGCAGGUCCCAAAAACGAAUUGUAUCAAUAACAUUUUUUUAAAUCAAUAGCCGCUUGUCUCCUUUGCUGUAUUUUACUAGGCUUGGUUAGCUAGGUAACGUUCAAUAGCUUGGUACCAAGCUAUCCGUUCUUCCUCCAACGUUGGAAAGCUAACGUUAGCCAACUGCGUUGGAAAAUUUGUAGCUAGCUAGUUAAUUUUACUUGCCAGCAAACAGUAGCUUGUUUCAGUCAACAAAAAUCCAUGUAACAUGAUAAUGUUAAUGUUAGUUAUUGACUACAUUGCUACUGUAGCUAUCUCUGCCAAUGUUAUAGCUGCUACAGUGCCAGCUAGCAGAGAUAGCUAUGCUAGCUAGAUUUAUUUCAAAUAUGUUAUUUGUCACAUACGCCGAAUACAACACCAAACCGUGAAAUGCUUACUUACAAGCCCUUAACCAACAAUGCAGUUCAAGAAAUAUAGUUAAGAAAAUAUUUACUUAAUCAACUAAAGUAAAAAAUUAAAUAUAAAGUAACACAAUAAUAAACAGCCAGUAGUAGUGGUGUAAAAACAAAGGGGGAGGUGUCAAUGUAAAUAGUCUGGGUGGCCAUUUGAUUAAUUGAUCAGCAGUCUAACGGCUUGGGAGUAGAAGCUGUGAGCGAGCCUUUUGGACCUAAACUUGGCGCUCCGGUACCGGUUGCUGUGCGGUAGCAGAGAAAACAGUCUAUGACUUGGAUGACUGGAGUCUUUGACAAUUUUUUGGGCCUUCCUCUGACACCACCUAGUAUAUAGGUCCUGGAUGGCAGGAAGCUUAGCCACAGUGAUGUACUGGACCGUACGCACUACCCUCUGUCGUGCCUUAUACGGUCGGAUGCAGAGCAGUUGCCAUACCAGGCGAUGAUGCAACCAGCCAGGAUGCUCUCGAUGUUGCAGCUGUAGAACUUUUUGAGGAUCUGGGGACCCAUGCCAAAUCUUUUCAGUCUCCUGAGGGGGAAAAGGUGUUGUCGUGCCCUCUUCACAACUGUCUCGGUGUGUUUGGACUAUGAUAGUUUGUUGGUGAUGUGGACACCAAGGAACUUGAGACUCUCAACCCGCUCCAUUACAGCCCCGUCAAUGUUUCUUGACAGUCUCAUUUGGAAUGUUGUGGCUGUGGGCUAUAGAGUACUCGCAGUACCAUUUAUAAAUGUUAUCCCUAACCAUUUACAUGGCAUGGUGCGACGAGUACAAAUUCCCGGCAGUUGUUCAUUGUUAGUUGCAUGAAUAUAUUUUUUCUAAUGACCGCCAGUAGAAAAACACCCUCCCAUUGAAUUGUUGUGCCUUGAAGUGGUUGAGAUGGCUGCGUUUUCCAAUCACAUUCAUUUGAUUGGUAAUUUUCAACCGUCACACCCACACUUCUGGUUUUGUUCGUUUAAUUGGAUUAUUUACCUUUCAAUCACUAUGCCCGUGCAUUUUAUUGGCUGAUGAGUUUGAGCCAAUGUUUUAUGAAAUUACAGUUCCGGUCCCAUCAAAACUGAAACUCUGAUACAUGGUCGCUCCAACAGAGACUUUUUUUCCCUGGUUCAUAUACAAAUAGACCAGACCCAGCUGCUAUCGCAUUCGUGUCUAUAAGAUAGCCACCACUUAGGUAGACUUGAACUGUGGCUAAUAAAUCCAUAACAAAUCCUACAAUGUGAUUUUCAGGAUUUUUUUUCAAAUUUUGUCUGUCAUAGUUGAAGUGUACCUAUGAUGAACAGGCCUCUCUCAUCUUUUUAAGUGGGAGAAUUUGCACAAUUGGUGGCUGACUAAAUACUUUUUUGCCCCACUGUAUUAUCAUCCAACGAAGUGCUUACUUGCAGGUUCUUUCUCGACAAUGCAACAACAAUCAGAAAUAAUAAAAGAUAAGAAUACGAACAUAAAGUAAAUGGCAGUAGAAUAUAAUACAAAUUUAGCAUAAACAGGGGCGCAACUUCAUUUCUUUUAUCCAGCCGUAUAAACACUCCAAACAGUCUACCCGACCACCCGGAGGCAUCCGCAUGAUCCUAAAGCACAGCGUUGCCUCAUUUUGUAUCAAAUUCCAAUGAUAAAACUGGGGGGAAAAUGCAAUUUCGGAAUGUCCCCAGUACUCCCCUGAGCAUAAGUAUAAUACAGUUCAGAAACUGUCUCUGAAGCUGUUGGUAUCCGUCCUCAUGCUCCGAUACCAUCUGCCGACGGUAAGGGAGAUAAACGCUCAUGGCUGGGGUGUGUGGGGUCCUAGAUGAUGCUGCGUGCCUUCCUUAGGCACCACUUCAAGUAGAUGUCCUGUAUGGGUGGGAGCACAGUCCCAGUGAUGUACUGGGCCAUCUUCACCGGCUGGAGGGCCUUGCUCUUGUGGACGGAGCAAUUCCCAUACCAGGCCGUGAUGAAACCAGUCAGGACGCUCUCGAUGGUGCAACGGUAGUAUUUGGAAAGUAGAUUACUCCAUCAUACACCGGACGGACAACCAUGUACUGCAACGUCAGACUGAAGUUAACAAAAUGCAAGGCAGUAUGUGGACACAGGCGAAGACCAAGGCAGAGAGGAAAACAAUAAAGACUGAAACUGGGGCCAGAGCUAUUUAAAUUGACACAUUUCAUCCCAAUAGACAUGGCUGUAGUGGACCAUAUGCAAAAUAUUUUACUGGGGACAGCAAAACACGUUUUUACCAUCUAAGAAUAUUGGUGUGCUGAAUAAUGUAAUACUAAGAAAUAUACAGCUUAAAGUUGAUGCCCCGAAAGCACCUGCAGACAUGGACCAACUACCUGCGAAAAUCUCUAAUCUCCUCUGGGUUUUCUCAUUUCAAUGCACAAGAAUGGAAAAAUUGGACAUGCGUUUACUCCCUAUUCACUCUGAAGGGACUUGAACGACAGCAGGUAGCCUAGCAGUGUUUUCCAAGUCCCUUCAGAGUGAACUGAAAAGGUGGCUGGUUUGAAUCCCCGAGCCGACAAGCUGAAAAAUGUGUCUGUGCCCUUGAGCAAGGCACCUAACCCGAAUUGCUCCAUGGUCGCCGUCAAUAAUGGCUGAUCCCUGCUGUUUGUCAUAACAAGUGAAGAUGGGAAUGAUCUGUUUGUCUUCACAUUCAUGUAUCCAAACAAGGGUCUAUCUCACCAUUGUACAGCUGACAGAACAACAUUAAAAGGUAGACAUGCUGGGGAGAGGUCAUAAGCACUGAUCAAAGUAGAAGUUUUUCCGCUCAUCGCGUACUUAUUUGCAAAGUGAUUCACUGCUGACAGACGGGCCUACCAUGCGUUCAACCAGAUGUAGAGCUAACACCGGGCUUAUUAACAGUUGUUCUCUUGUCGUGUGUGCUUUUUGGUCCAGCAUAUGAAAUCACACAUUUCUCAUGUCAUGGCUCGUGUAAAUUGGUUCGAGAAACAUCUGAAUCAAUAUAAUUUCAAGCCCCGUGGCCAGUAUAAAGUACAGUUUGCCAGGACUACAGAGACAGUGGCUGUGGUAGUACCAGUUUCAAGCAGGGCUGCUUUUGAGGCAUUACAUAUUUUUUUGUUUCGCCUUUAACUAGGCAAGUCAGUUAUUAAGAACAAAUUCUUAUUUGGCUACUUGGGACCUACCAGUGGGAGUUUUGAGUGGGAGUUUUGAGAGCAGAGCUACUGUUUAUUUAUUCAUUUGUAGCGGUAUUUAAAAAUACAAAUAUAUAUUAUUCAUUGUUUGUGUUUAUUUCAGGAAGUGUAUCAUCCUUUUUAUACGUUUUAUUAUCUGUUUUGUAUUUGGAACUUUGCAUUGUACUGUGAAACUGAUUGUGUUAAAAUCCCAUUUGUCAACCAGCCUUUUUAGCUUGGCCUUCAAUCAGUUACGCUUUUGUUUUAUGUUCUUUGAUAACAUAUGAUCUCUUAUAUUGGCGUGCUUGUUUCUUAACUGUAUUGUUUUAAGUGUGUUACUAUUUUAAAUGCACUUCAAAUAAAGUUUGAAUUGAAGUUUGAUUUGAUAUUGGAUCAUUAAUUGACGAUUCUAUGAAUAUAGACACCGUUAACUUUAUAGUCUAUCGUUCUUAUUAAGAUGUUUUUAAAAUGUAGGAACUAGGUUAUAGGCCACCUAAAUAAAUGUUUGGAGUAGAUUGCCUACUGAGCUGAACUGGGGUGUGAAACAAGUACAAUAGACAAGGUGUUAGAGGCUAUUAGCAUGUGUAAAGGACCAUGCAUGACCUUCCAGAGCCAAACUAAUCAACACUGGCCAAGUUCUGUUUUUUAUUCUGACUUCUCAAUACUGAGCUUCUACUUCUUAUCAUUAAAGAUAUUCUGACUUACAUGUACACACUCAGAAGCAGGCCAUUUUACCUAGUGACAUUCUUAUCUCGUGCACAAAUACCUUUCAUAUCCAGAAAAUAGCCUUACCAUUUCACGUGUUCCAUAUGAGAGGUUAUCGCAACAGUGCCUUUGUAUUGUAUCAGCAGAUUAAGAAACAAUCAAUGUCAUCAGUAUAUUGUCUCACGCUGUGAUUGGUCGUGAACCACUGAACAUAUGGCCUGUGAAAAUGAUUGUUUUAUGUGAGUUCUAUACAAAGGCAUUGUUUAGAAUGUGUUGUGUAGAUCUACUACUGUCUGUAGAGGACAUGCUGAAGCACGGAAUCACUAGAAUAGCUUUAUGUUGAUUUGACUGCUGUCUGCUCUGUUUCUGUGCUGAUGUUGGUAUUUGGAGAGUAUUGAAUGUGAAUCAUGAAAACGGCUGUAGGGUAUGCUAGGCUACUAGUAAGAUCCAGUAACGUGGUUUCCACUGCAACUACAAUAAAAGGAAGAAAGUGUUGUCUCAUCAGAAUAGCAAUUAGUUUUAGAAUUCACUCCAAACAAACUGUAAGAUAAUUAAACAAAUAAUUAUCUAUGCACAUGUUUCCAGUGUUAUUUACAGCAUGUUUUGUGCUCCUACCAUGUUGUUGUUAUGUUGUGUUGCUACCAUGCUGUGUUGUCAUGUGUUGCUGCCUUGCUAUGUUGUUGUCUUAGGUCUCUCAAUGUAGUGUUGUGUUGUCUGUUUUGUUGUGAUGUGUGUUUUGUCCUAUAUUUACAUAUAAAUAUAAAUAUAUACAUUUAUUUUUUAUUGUUAUAUUAUAUUAUUAUAUAUAUAUAUGUAUAUUAUUUUUUAUCCC